CGACAGUUCACUCACGUCGCGGGAUAGUGAGUUCAUCCCAGCCGCUGGCUUCACAAGCUGGUGUGAAAGUGCUCGAUAUGGGCGGAAACGCCGUAGAUGCCGCGAUAGCAGUAUCUGCAGCUCUCAACGUCACAGAGCCUUGUUCUACCGGUAUAGGCGGUGACAUGUUCUUGCUCUACUAUUCUGCGAGCGAUAAGAAAGUACAUGGUCUGAAUGGAUCAGGAAGAUCCCCAUCAGCUCUAACACUCGAGAAGGCGCGUGAAAUCGGCUUAGAUGGCACGGAGAUUCCGUUUGACAACAUUAACGCAGUUACCGUACCCGGGGCACCAGCAGGAUGGUGUGAUGCAUAUGAUGCGUUCUCUAGCAAGAAAUUAUCACUCAAACAGGUUCUAGAGCCUGCUAUACGCCUAGCGAGGAAUGGAUAUCCGGUACAUCAGAUAACCGCUGAGCAAUGGAGCAGAUCUGAAGAGCUUAUCAAGAAUGCUUCCCCAAAUGCAGAAGAAAUGCUGCUAGAUGGCAGAGCACCGAAGGAGGGUGAAAUUUUGUAUAUGCCAACACUCGCGCAGACCUUCGAGGAAGUUGCUGAACACGGAAAGAAGGGCUUCUAUGAGGGUAGAAUAGCGAAUGAGAUUGUCAAACUUGUACAAUCACAAGGUGGAUUAUUGACACUCGAAGAUCUCAGUUCACAUACUAGCACUUUUGUCGAACCUAUGAAGUACACCUACGCCGAUGAGUAUGUUGUACAUGAGUGUCCGCCAAAUGGACAAGGAUUGACAGCCUUGAUAGCACUUGGAAUCCUAGAAUCAUGCGAAAAACUCGGUAUGCUAAGCAAGCCACUCGUAGAAUUACCACACAAUGGUACAGAAUACUUGCAUUUUCUUAUCGAAAGUUUGAGACUCGCAUUCGCAGACACAAGGUACUACGUUUGUGAUCCUUCAAAGACCAAUUUCGAUUUUAAGCAAUUGCUCGAAAGGGAAUACCUUGAUUCACGUGCUAGAUUGAUCAAGAAAGACGCAAUCAGCAAAGUAAGACAUGGAAGUCCAGCAAACUCCUCAGACACCGUCUACUUUACAGUAGCAGAUGAGGAAGGUAACGUUGCAUCAUUUAUAAACUCAAAUUACGCAGGCUUUGGUACGGGAGCAGUACCAAAAGGAUGCGGAUUCACACUUCAAAACCGUGGAUCCAAUUUCACUUUAGAGGACAACCAUCCGAAUGUCUUAGACGGUAAUAAGCGCCCAUAUCACACGAUCAUUCCAGCAAUAUGCACGAAGAAGAGUACAAAUGAGCUUUUCAUGAGCUGGUCGGUCAUGGGGUCAUUCAACCAACCUCAAGGACAAGUCCAGACACUCUUGAAUGUGUUAAGAGGGUUUACACCACAGGAAGCUCUCGACGCACCACGAUUCUGCAUCGGUGCAAAAAAGCCAUCCAAGAUCGUUCCACAUAACACACCGAUCUUGUCAAAGGAAGCUGAAUUGGAGAGCAGCCUGGCGGAUUCAGAAAUAAACUCCGAAGUCAAUAUCGAAGAAGGCGUCAAUGAGAAUACAAUCAAGCAGCUCAGGAAAAUGGGCCACGAUGUACGCAUAUCGAGAGGAUUACAACGAGAAAUUUGCGGUCGUGGUCAAAUUAUCAAGAAGACCAGCAAGGAUGUUUGGUCUGCGGGUAGUGAUAUGAGAGCAGACGGAUGCGCUAUUGCCCAAAUAUAGAUUAUGUAUACAUAUAAUUUUACUAUGAAUUUUACUGCUAAUUACUGUAUGUAUUCAACUAACGACAUUAAAGUACUAUUUUAUUUUUCUAGUUAUCAUUACCACGUUUCGAAAUACGGAUUACCACCUUUGACGGUUUCGAGUCUUUCUACUAUUACUUUACGAGUUUUGUAUGGUGUAGGUGGCAUCCUGUGGGCUUGAUGAACACUCGAUGCAUGUGUAUCUGUUGAAAUUCUACCUGGUCUCUGCUCAGAUCUGUCAUUACCAGAUGCGUAUGUCUUAAGCCAAUUCUCUGCAUUUUGACUAGCUUCUAUGUCAUUUUCAUCUCUCUCAGCGUUGACGUUGUUAACUUGAGUUUGGUCUUGCUCAUUUGCAAGCUGAUGCAUUGAAUGCUCGACUGCAUCCAGCUGGUCCAUGUGCUGUAACACAUCGACACCUGACGCAGCAUCAAGACUCUUGGCAUAUAUACUAGCCGACCUCUGUCUGGAGAAAGGUACGGGGCGGCUGUUUACCCUACUCGAUGGGGGUGAAUGUGGAGGUGAAAAUGGUGAAUUAUGACUAUGAGCUCUGUCAAAGCUUGGGCGAGCACCAUCGAAUGACUUGGACACCCUGUGCCCAGGCAACGACUUGACUUCAUCUUCAUCAUCUUCCUCAUGUUCAUCUUCGGUAUAGCUGUAUCGUCUCUCUGUGAUAUCCUGCUCUUCAACUUCGCCUUCAUUAUUAUCAGCAAUAUCAAUCACAUCAUCCCAUACGAGAACUUUAACUCUCCUGCACAAUUCCAAUGGUCCUUCAUCUGCAUGUCUCAGACUCUGCACUAUAUUCCAACCCUGACCUUUAACGAUGGCCAUUUGACGCGCGAACAUACCCUCAUUGAAAUCUGGAUCAACUUCAAAUACCUGCCUGAGAGCUUGGGUAGUCUCUGUCCACCAUUUAGGAUCACUAAGAAGUGGCAAAAAGUGUCGUCUGGUCGACGCUGAGAAUGGUUGCCCGAUUAAGGAAACUGGCAAAAAGAGCCAUCCAUAGGUAUAUGAUCUCCAUCCUUUUGGAUGUUGAUGUGGGAAACUUAAAGAAUUAUCUAUUGCAGCUAUGCGAAUUCGUGGUCUGUUCUCUGAUAUUGAUUGUCUCGAUUGGGAUGGAGAAGGAGAAGGAGCCCUUGGUAUGUUUAGAUUUGACUGUUUUACGUCAAGUUGAUUUUCAUCAUAGAAAAGUGAUUCUUGUGGGUUAUUAGGUUCGUCAGGGAUGUAUGAACCAUUUGGUUGAUUCGAUGCGAGGGGGGUAGGUGGACCUGACAUUGAAGAGACAUCAGGAACGAAUGGUUCAGCAUUACGAGUUGGUGGUCUAUUGAUUAUUCCAUUUUUGCUAGCAUUGUUAUUUACUGUAUGGCCUGGAUCAAAUUGGAUC